AUGAGCGAACACAACGAUUUCCAUCCCGGUGGACCGGUCAUGACGUUCACGAUUGAUUUAGCGGACGGAGACGAUCAAGUCAUCAUCAAUGGUAUUCCGAUCGAAUAUCGCCGGAAUGGUGUUUCCGCCGAACUUCGCGACGAGCCAACGUCCGGGUUAACACACAACGACCACGGCGAUGUCUCACAAGCUGCAAACUCGGUCAAAGGAGUUCCAGAGCCUCAUACACCAGCUUCCUCACAGAAUGGAUGCGAAAGAGUGAUGGAUCUCAACCAAUUCCUGAAGUACACCGAUGAUAGGUCCAAUGCGGCCUUGGGCUUAGUAGCUCUAUCUGGCCGAGGGGCUGGCGACUCGGAACGAACCCACGCAAAGCCGCAGAACCAAAACGACUGGCCCAACGGAGUCACUGACGGCGCGUCUCUGAAUCCUUUUCGGAACGAUCGAGUCCACAAUCAACCGCAGCAGCACUUUCAGUCUCGGGUUACUGGAAAUAUCCAGGAGGCGUCGCAUGGGCUUGCUCAAACUGGACUGACUCCCGGGACUCCGCCGUACGCCGUACAGGACAUUUUGGAUGACGAUACAGAAUACUGGAACUCUGUGUACAAACAGCGUCCGCAGGCCUCUGGAACCGACAACGCGAAAGACGUGACCGACCAUGACAAAAAUGCUGCCUCUGUGAGCUCUUUGAGCGAGGACGAUAUACCCCUGAGCAUGCUUCAUCAAUGGCCGUUGAAUCCAACCGCGGUACGCAAUGUCAACGUGGAGCACAAGCUAGACCAGCUUGUCUUUCCUGAGCUUCGCAAAAAGGAAGUCUCGACUCAUGAGACCCUCCAGUAG